AUGUUUCUCCUACGGCGAGCUGGGCGUGGAUUUGGCGACGGCCGCUCAUGCCCCAGGGCGAUCCAAGAUGGGGCGCGACGCCUGUCGACGAUGGUCGCCCAGGUCGCCCCGGAGAGCCCCAGCGGCGGGGAUGCGGCCAUGCCGGCCGACCCCACCGACCCCUUCGUCCUGGUGCGCGGUGAGAUCGACGCUGUGUCGGAGCGCAUCCGCCGGGACGUCGUGUCCGAGAUCCCCGCCCUGGCGCGCGCGGCCGAGUACUUCCUACGCGUGGGCGCGGAGGGUAAGCGCGUGCGACCCAGCAUGCUGCUCUUGCUCUCAUCGGCCCUCUCGCCAGUCCCGCCCUCGCCGGAGGACUUGAUUGUCGAUCCCCGGCCGCCCAGCGCGCCCACGCCCGAGGUGAGGCGGCGGCAGCAGCGCAUCGCGGAGAUCACGGAGGUGAUGCACGUGGCCAGCCUGCUGCACGACGACGUGAUCGACGGCAGCGCCACGAGGCGGGGGCAGAAGAGCCUCAACGUGGCCGUGGGCAACAAGCUGGCCAUCCUGGCGGGGGAUUUCCUGCUGGCGCGGGCGUCGGUGUCGCUGGCGGCGCUGCGGGAGGCGGAGGUCAUCAUGCUGAUGUCGCAGGUGCUGGAGCACCUGGUGUCGGGCGAGAUCAUGCAGAUGACCUCAGCACCCGAAGACUUAAUGCGGAUGGACCAUUACAAAAUGAAGACUUACCGGAAGACAGCAGCGAUGAUGUCGAACAGUGCAAAAUCAGCUGCCAUUCUGGGGGGGCACAGUCGAGAGGUCAUCAACUUGGCUUCUGACUUUGGUAGGCAUCUAGGGAUGGCUUUCCAGGUUGUUGAUGAUAUUCUGGACUUCACAGCAAGCAGUGACAUGCUUGGGAAGCCUGCAUUGAACGACUUGAAGAGUGGAAUUGCCACUGCACCUGUGUUGUUUGCUGCUGAAGAUUUCCCUGCAUUGGCACCAUUGAUUUGCAGAAAGUUCCAAGACGUUGGUGACAUAGAAGAGGCACUAAGAAUGGUGGAGAACAGUAGUGGAAUCCAGCGGGCGAGGGAGCUUGCAAAACACCACGCCUGUCAGGCUGCUGAUGCGGUGAGUGCACCAGUGUGA